CGCAAAGGCAAGGCUGCGUCAUUUAGUUCCCAUCUUUUCAUUUGAAGCCAAAGCCAAGCAGCGACACUAUGAAAGGACCACUUUGACCAUUUACUGCAGGGUAUGCUGGUCGUACCUAUACCUUAGACAAAGGUAGAAAAUUGGUUGCCCAUGCAGUCCACAUGUUUGAUCAUUUGCCGCAGAAAGUAAUUGCCAUAACUUUAGCAACUCUGGAUUUCUAGGUUGGUCUUGAAUAAAGAAUUGAUUUUGGCUAGUGGGUUCCCAUGAAACUCUCCCGUUUUAACCAUAUCACAUGCCUAUUAAGAAAUUUAGCUCUGCAAGUUUGCCAUUUUUCAAGUAGCCCAAAUGUGGAUAAGGUCAGCUUGUACCUCCAAAGGGCCAGGCUCAUUGAUUCGAUAAGGCUUAGUCUUCGGUCAAGUUCACCAGAAUCGUCCCUUGUUUCCAUUUUGCAUAGUCCUGCUCUAGACUCUUUUGUAGUCAACAAUGCACUAAGAUCAGCUCCUUCCCCUGAAUCUGCUCUUUCCUUGGUUGAAGUACUUAAGACUGUUCCAAAUUUCUCGCAUAAUCAGCAAACACUUCAUACAUUAGCCAAAAUACUUGCAAAAUCUGGCCAAACUGGUAAACUCAGAACCCUGAUCAAUGCCAUCAAUGCUGGCAAGUUUACAAAUGUUGCGCGUGUCAGCUUUAUGGACCGGAUGCGUUGGUUUGCUCUUGCUGGAGAUCUUGACGAGGUUGCUAGCGUGUGGGAUGAGUGGCGGGCCUCACAGAAGCGUCCUUGUUCUGAGUCUUACAACAUUGUGAUGGGCCUUUUUGCUAAGAAUGGCAGCGAUACUGAGGCGGUGACAGUAUUCCGUAGGAUGAUUGAUGAAGGGGCGCUUCCUAAUUGUAGAACGUACACAGUUAUCAUUGAGCAUCUUCUCGGUUCAGGGAACUUGGAUUCAGCAUUUCAGGUUUUCCAAAUGUUGCCACAGAUGAGUAUUAAACGCAGUUUGAAGCAGUAUUCCGUUUUGGUUGCAGCAUUAUGUCAAAAUGAUCAAAUAGACUUGGUGAAGACUUUGCUUGAUGAGAUGCGAAUUGAUGGUAUAUUGCCUGGUCGAGCUAUGCAGAACUCGUUGCAGCAACUGCAGGAGGCAGGCUACGUCGAGGAGACAAAAGAAUUAUUGAGGGAAAUGUUACCGGACGAGAGGAUUAAAACUGUAGCUUAUGCUUUGGAUGGCAGUGAGGAUGACAUGGAGGAUGAGGAUGAAGAUGCUAACCAUGUUGAUGGUCGUGCUGUUGAUCAAAUGCAGUUGAAACCAUGGUUAGAUCCUGCAGCUUUGGCUAGUGCCUUGCAGCAGUGGAGACCUGAAGAGGUGUCAACUUUAGAGGAUGCAAACAUUAUAUGGACAACACGGCUAGUUUGCAAAAUGAUCAGAAAUUUCAAGUCAGCUGAAACAGCAUGGCAGUUCUUCUGCUGGGUAGCUUAUCAACCAGGAUUUAGACAUGAUAUUUAUACAACAUCAAGGAUGGUUGCCAAAUUAGCCCGCCAAGGAUGUGUCAAAUUGGUUGAUCAGCUGUUGUCUAAAUUAGAUAGGGAGGGCAUCAGGUUGUCAUUCGGCACAGUCAAAUUGAUUAUAAAUUUUUAUGGAAUUUCUGGAAAUGGUGAUGCCGCUCUUAAGAUUCUUCAAGGUGUUAAAACAAUUUGUGGUCCCAUAUCCAAGAGCAGCAUGUUAAUUUUGUAUACAUCUAUGUUAAGGACCUUGACCAAGUGUAAGAUGAAUAAUGAAGCCUCGGACAUACUUGAAGAGAUGAUUUUAGUUGGGAUAUUUCCAGGAAUCCAGACAUUUUCUGGAUUGAUGCAUCAUUUUGCACUUCAUGGAGAUGUUAAAACAGUUCAGAGACUUUUUGGGAUGGUGAGGCAAAGUGGUCUGGAGCCGGAUGCUCAUAUGUACACAGUUCUUAUUCGUGCAUAUUGCAAAUGUGAAAGAGCUGCGCUCGCAAUGAGGAUAUUUGAGGAUAUGAUGAACUCAAGCUUAAUUCCUGAUGCUAUCACAAAGGAGUUGCUUGUCAGGAGUCUGUGGAAGGAAGGAAAGCUCAGAGAAGCUGCUGCUGUGGAAGAAAGAACUGAGGAGAUAAGCAACGUCCUUCCAAGUGCUUUACCAGGAAAUUUAUACACUUUGAGCUCUGUGGAUCUUAUGAGAAUUUAUGAAAUAUAUUCCGGUAAAUUCACUGCAACUACUGAUAAGGAAUAAAGUGGAUGUCUAAUGUUUGUCAAUGCUUACAUGGAUUUUGUAAUUAAUCAGCCUUCUUCAUAGGAAAAGCUGAAGGAUCGAUGUUGAAGUUCCAUUGUGAAAGAACCAGCAAAGACCAAACGUUAUAUAGAUUCUUUUG